AUGUCCAAAUCCAAGACCGCGGGUUUAUUUCGUCCUUGGGACAGUUUGGAAACGGCAAACGAAGCUUCCGAAAUCAUCACCGAUAUCAAUACACUCCGCGACAUGUCAUGCAGCAGGCAGGAGGACGAUGAACGGAUUGUUUCUUCGACGACAUCGACCGCCGAAGCGCCUGAACUGUGUGACGAUCAUCUCUUGAAUCGAAGAACGGUAGCUUCAACGUCGUUAAGCGAUUUUCGUCACGCACGAAUACGGGGAAGCGUGUCUUCCGAUGACGUAGCGAGCAGAACUAUUCCAUCCCUCGAAGAUGAGAACACCUUCGCCGGCAACGUGCAGAAUGUAAAGAAAAACUCACGUGUUCCUCGUUCGCAGCAACCAGUGGAUUCGAUGGUUCCCGUGUCGUGUGCGACCUCCACUCGAGAUUCGGACGAAUUUAACGAUUCUAGUGACGUCAUUUCGCCGGAUUGUCUCUCGACGCUUAGAGAAUUUCGAUCGUCGGAGGGUUUCGUAUCGAUUAACGACGGUGUUUAUCCGAUCACAAAUUCAGACGUUGCGGGACCACCAUGGACUAUAAGCUCGAUGAUCGAAUCGCGUUACGUUUCUGAUGUUCCUAGGAUACAUUCUGGUAUCUAUCCUGCGAUACAUCCCGGAUUUCAAGCUGGGAUCUAUCCUGGUAUUCUUCCUCUAAAUUUUUAUAAUCAUUCCAUGGAAGAAGCGGUACAGAUGGUGCAUCGGCAAGAUGCCGUUGCCAAAGAGAUAAAGAAGAUGCGCCCGAAAAAGCACAACUGUCCGCAUUGCAGUAUGGCGUUCAGUAACGGCGGUCAGCUUACCGGACACAUUCGCAUACACACAGGCGAGAGACCAUUCAAGUGCGAUGUUGAAUCUUGUGGAAAACGGUUCACCAGAAACGAAGAACUAACGCGGCACAAGCGAAUCCACACUGGCGUUCGACCUUACUCGUGUGUCUUUUGCAAAAAACGAUUCGGACGGAAGGAUCAUCUUAAGAAACAUAUGAGGACUCAUGAGGCACGUGAUUCAUAUCGCGUUUCGACAGCAGCAUUGGGCGUGAUCGCUUCUCUGAGUUAUCCAUUUCAGCACACUACCGAACUUGGGCCAUAUCUCUAUCAGAUCUGA